AUGCCGAACAGGCGAAUCGACGGCUGUGAGAGAAGGUUGAUUGAUGCCCCUGACGUGGCAUUAUUAUUCGCGCCCCCUCUUCGCUGUCAUCGACGCGCCGUACCCAUCCAUCCAUCCUCCCCAUCUCUCUCCCCGCCCCACUCUCCCUCCGCUGCCCCCCUCCCCACCCCCAACGGCCUCCUCAAAGCGCGUAAAAAGAAUACAGCAGAAAUAAGUGGGCUCAAGAUGCAAGACCAAGGGACAAGGCUUACCCGUUUGAUUCUGCAGAGGAAGCUCUUGGCCCGCUCCGACCGCGUCAAGAGCGUCGACUUCCACCCGACCGAGCCGCAUGUCAUCUGCGGUCUCUACAACGGCCAGGUCAAGAUCUGGGACUAUGAGUCUGGAACGGAUGUAAAGACGUUUGAGGUGACGGAUGUUCCGGUGCGAUGCGUAAAGUAUAUUGCGAGGAAGAACUGGUUUGUCUCUGGCAGCGACGACUUUCAACUCCGAGUCUACAACAUCUCCACCGGCGAAAAGAUUACUUCUUUCGAAGCUCACCCCGACUACAUCCGAUGCCUCACCGUCCACCCCACUCUCCCCCUCGUCCUUACAGGAUCCGACGACAUGACGAUCAAGUGCUGGGACUGGGACAAGGGAUGGCGAUGUGUCCAGAUCUUUGAAGGGCACACACAUUAUAUCAUGGCGUUGGCUAUCAACCCGAAAGACCCUCAGACGUUUGCAUCGGCGUGUCUGGACCACACUGUCAAGGUGUGGAGUCUGGGGAACCCCGUGCCGAACUUUAGCUUGGAAGCCCACGAGAAGGGUGUCAACUAUGUCGACUACUACCAUGGUGGAGACAGGCCUUACAUUGUGACUACAGGUGAUGAUCGUCUGGUAAAGAUCUGGGACUACCACUCCAAGUCCUGCGUCCAAACCCUCGAAUCCCACUCUGCCAACGUCUCAUUCGCCAUCUUCCACCCCUCGCUUCCCAUCAUCAUCUCUGGCUCCGAAGACGGUACCAUCAAGAUCUGGCACUCUUCCACUUACCGCCUGGAAAACACACUAAGCUAUGGCUUGGAGCGUGCUUGGUGUGUCGCAUACAGGAAGAGCGGGAACGAGGUUGCAGUCGGUUUCGACGAAGGCGCCGUCGUGCUCAAACUCGGCCGGGACGAGCCCGCCGUGUCCAUGGACACUUCCGGUAAAGUCGUCUACGCCCGCAACACUGAAAUCCUCACCGCCAACCUUUCUGCCCUCUCUCCCUCCGAAAUACCCGAGGACGGCUCCCGGCUCCCUCUUUCCCUCCGUGACCUCGGCACCACUGAAGUUUACCCCACGUCGCUCCAGCACUCUCCCAACGGCCGAUUCGUCACCGUCUGCGGAGACGGAGAGUACAUCAUAUAUACAUCACUCGCAUGGAGGAACAAGGCCUACGGGUCGGGUACUUCCUUUGCCUGGGCGGGCGACUCAAAUACCUAUGCCGUGCAAGAAGGCAAGUCGAAAAUAAAGGUCUUCCGUUCCUUCAAGGAACGUCCCAACUUUUUGCACUCUGCUGGCAACUAUGCCAUUGAGGGUAUCCAUGGUGGUACGCUCUUGUCGGCUAGGGGCGAUGGGUUUGUGAUGUUUUGGGACUGGGAGACGGGACAGGUGGUGAGGAGGAUUGAGGUGGAUGCUACGGCUGUUAGCUGGAGUACCAGUGGGGAGAGAGUGGUGAUUACUGCUGAGGAGGGGUUCUAUGUCUUGGCGUUUGACAGGGACGCUUACGAGGCGAGGAUCGCCAGUGGGGAAGACGUGGGAGAUGAGGGUGUGGAGGAGGCUUUCGACGUCAUUGCCGAGAUCAGCGAAACCGUCAAGACCUCCAAGUGGGUCGGAGACUGCUUCAUCUACACCAACUCUACAAACCGCCUCAACUAUCUCGUCGGCGAGCAGCCCCACACCAUCAACCACUUUGACAAGCCCGUCUACCUCCUCGGCUACCUCCCCGCCCACAACCGCAUCUACGUCGCCGACAAGAGCCUUGCAGUCUUUAGCUACAGCCUGUCUGUGGCCGUUGUCGAGUACCAGACUGCUAUUCUGAGAGAAGACUAUGAGGCUGCGGAAGCGCUUUUGGAGAGUGUUCCUCAAGAGCAGAAGAAUCGGUUGGCGAGGUUUUUAGAGAGUCAGGAUCAGAAGGAGCUCGCUCUCAACUUGACUAGCGACCCCGACCACAAAUUCGACCUCGCCAUCGCUCUUUCCGACCUCCAAACUGCGCUCUCUAUCGUCCGUGCGCAGGAAGACUCGGCGACGAGCGUGAGCAAGUGGAAGGUCGUCGGCGACCAAGCUCUGAAGAGCUGGGAGAUGGAUCUCGCCAAGGAGGCGUUUGAGCGGGCAGGCGAUUUGCCCGCUUUGCUACUUCUCUACACUUCCAUCUCGGACCGUGCCGGUCUCGAGUCUCUCGCCCAAAGAGCAGAAGCCAAGGGUCUCUCCAACCUCGCCUUCUCCGCCUACCUCUCCAUCGGAAACACGUCCAAGUGUAUCGCCAUCCUCGGCAAGACGGGUCGUUGGGCCGAGGCGGCGUUGUUUGCGAGGUCGUAUGCUCCGACAGAGAUGGAUGGGGCGGUAAAGAGCUGGAAGGAGGAGCUUGAGAAGGAUGGGAGGGGGAAGGUUGUGGAGAAGAUUGCGGAGCCGGGGGUGGACGGGGAAUUGUUCAGCGUGCCCGAGCCCGAGCCCGAGCCGGUUGCUGCUGUUGAGGAGGCCGCCGGCAGUGCGGGCGAGACUGUCAAGGAGAAUGUUGAGGGACUGGUGGAGAAGGUCAAGGAGCUUGCUGUUGGUGACGGCGCUAUUGAAGAGCCCGGGUCAACACCCGCGAACGGCGCUGCGCCAAAGCCCAAGAAGGGCAAGAAGAAGUAA